AGGAACUUCAAAGGAAUUGCAUCGGCAGAUGAAUAGUUGUCAUCCGCCUCAAGACGAGAUGGCGGGGUUAAUUGGUAUUUAUGCUUUUCAAGGAUUCUAUGGGCUCUUGUCAGUUGUUGUCUACACAUUCAAUAUAAGAGCACUCCGACAUCACAAAAAUAAUUUGGACAAGUCAUUUAGUCUAUUGUACACAUGUUGUGCAGCAUUGAGCCUCACCUACUUCUUGGAUCAUUUCUUAAUUCGUCGAUUUGUGAAACUUGGGUUUUUUUGUGAAAUCAUUUUGGAAAACUUUGGCGAACCUAAUUAUUGGAUGAUGCCAUAUAAAACUAUUGCUUCAUAUUGUCCAAUUGCAAUUUUGGUAUUCCAUGCUCUAAUUGCUGCUCAUCGGUUCAGUAUUGUUGCGGCACCAAUGAGAGGAGUUCAGUUAUGGGAUCGCUAUCGUCGAUUAUUUGUUCUCGUCGGAUUCCUUAUUCCUUUAAUAUUUAUGUGGUUCAUGAUACCAUGCAAAAGCUACGCUGAGCUGGAUUCUGAAGGAAGUGGAGGAUUGGAUAUUGAGUAUAAGAAAGUUUUCAGUAUCAGUUCAUCGUUGGCUGCAGCAAUUGCUGCUGUACUUUUUGGAGUUCUUACAUUAUGCCUCACAUUUGGAAUGUUAAUAGCACUGGCUAAAUUGAGCUUGAGAAAACUGUCUCAAGCAGAAAUUAGUUUGAUUGUUUUUGAAGUUUUUAUGACUGUUUUCACAUUGAUCUACGCUUUUACGCAGGGUAUUCUCUAUUAUUCAAUCUAUAUUGUGAAGGACAUGGAACUGAAAUCUACAGUAAUCCAAUUCCGUACAUUUGCAAUUGAUAUUUUUAUACUCCCGCAAGCAUGGACUUUAUUGUUUUUAUCAACUACAGUCCGUCGGUAUACACUUCGAGCAUUCGGAAAACGACUUGGAGUUGAAUUUUUAUCAACUGAAAUAGAGAAAAGUGCUAGAAUGGUUUCUGUUGCACCAGCCACGAUAUCUUUGCAAAAAAGCACGGUUUUAAAUUAUAAUUUUACUUUGCAAAAUUUGUUCUAAUAAAUGAUCAUAGGAUUUUA